AUGCCUGCCUAUGUUAAGUUCUUGAAGGAGAUCCUGACGAAGAAGAGGAUAAUAGAGGAGACUGCAGUGGUCAAGCUCACAGAGCAUUGCAGCGCGAUAUUGCAAAAUAAACUCCCACAAAAGUGUGGAGAUCCAGGGAGUUUUACUAUACCUUGCUCAUUAGGAACUAUUAAUUUUAAUAAAUCUUUAUGUGACUUUGGUGCCUCAAUUAAUUUAAUGCCUCUAUCUAUUUACAGGAAACUGGAGAAGGAGAUUGAAGAGAUAAGGUCUUCACCAAUAUCUUUGCAGCUGGCAGGCCAAACGACUUUAAUACACGAGGGGAUAGUGGAAGAUGUGUUAGUUCGGGUGGAUAAGUCUGUAUUUCAUGUAGAUUUUGUAGUGGUGAAAAUAGAGGAAAACAAGGAGGUCACUCUCAUCCUAGGAAAACCAUUCUUAGCGACGGGCAUAGCUAUAUUAGAUAUACAAGAGAGAAAACUCAUGCCUAGAGUGGGUGAGGAAAUUGUGACUUUCAAGAUGGAUGUAGAAAAGGGGGCGCAAAAGGACAAACCAGCUGCAAGUGUUGAGUGGAAAAUAAAGGGCUCGAAAGAGAAGGUUGGUGAGUGA